ACACCUUGGAAAGUCAGCCGGCUUUUGAGACUAUAAAUGGGGACCCUAAAGGUGCAGGGCUGUAUAUCGGGGUUCGCUCUGACAAAACCGAGCUCGUCGCCAACCGACGAGAAGAGGGACUCACCCCAGCAUGCGUCGCCUCCUCCUACUGCUUUCCCUGGUUUGCAUCUUCAGCGUGGAACCAGCCUGGGGCCAGAACUCCCCAUCGGCAGAGAACUGUGUCAGCCUCUCAGACACCUUGCCCACCAUGCUCAGAGAGCUGCGAUCUACUUUCCAGACGGUGAAAAACUACUUUCAGAAGAAAGAUGAGGAUUUGGACACGAUCUUGCUCAAGGCCAACCUGCUGGAAGAUUUUAAGAGCUACCUGGGCUGCCAGGCCAUGUUGGAUAUGAUCCGGUUUUAUCUGGAGGAGGUGAUGCCCAAGGCGCAGCAGAACAAAGAAAUCAAACAUCAUGUGGGCUCCCUGGGAAACAAGCUCCAGAGCCUGCAGCAUCAACUAAAGCGCUGUCACAGAUUUUUGCCCUGUGAGAAGAGGAGCAAAGCCAUUGAAGAGAUCAAAGAAACCUAUGGCCAGCUCAAAGAAAAAGGCAUCUACAAGGCGAUGGGUGAAUUUGACAUUUUUAUCAACUACCUGGAAUCAUACCUGAUGCAGCCGAAACCAAAGUGAGAUUGCUGGAAGACAUCCCUAGAAGACGGAACCUCUCAGAGGAACUCCAGAACAAAGCUCAACCAGUCCCCGGACUCCCAACCCCAGGGUUUCCGGGAGCUGGGCCUUCCUCGAACUAUCCAACAAUCCCACUGCACUUAUUUAUUACCUUUGAUACCUCAGCUGCCAUUUUUAUAUUUAUUUUUUACAGCUUUUCUUUGAUCUGUUUUGAAGAGAAGAAACAUAGGGUUAUUUUUUCAAGUUAUUUAUUUUUUUUCUAAAUGUCUUUAAAACCGUUUACACUGACUUAAUGUUCCCGGUCAUCUGUUCCAGGAAAAUAACGCAGGUUAUUUAUGGGGAGAAGCUUAUGGAUUCCUUGUCAGCCUCAAUCAACUCCGCUCUGUAGCCUGCCUCCAGCACCCCUCCCCUUGAUUGAAGAGCACCACUGUUGGGGGAGGGGGAGUCUGUGCCACUUGGUCCACUCCAGAGCACUAUGGCUGGAGUUGUUGGCCUCUGCAGACGGGAGAGGAAUCGGGUACGCAGAGCGACCCACUUCCUGUCAAGUGGUUCAUGGCGGACCAGCACUAGGUGUUUCCCUCUUAGUCCAAGCUCAAACUACAGGGACACCUCCUCAAGCACCCCCCAACACACCCUUUUUUUCCUCUGCGGCCUACAGGGCUUCUUUGGAUGACCUGCUUUUGGUUCUAAUAGAACUUGGAUUUCAUGGGUCAGAAUGAUCGGAGCCUUCUUCUCCAGUCUGGAGAUGGGAAGUGUCGGGGGAUGCUUGAUCCAUUUCCACCAUUUUAGGUGGAUUUUUAACUGGUAUUCAACUGCUUCGGCACCUUGAGGGGGCUGAGAGAGCUUAGGUGACUGCAACCUAUUGUCAGGUAGCCAGUCAGUCCCCGGUGAGAACCCUCUUUUUGCAGUUGAAAGUGUCUUGUCUCAUGCAUCCAUCCAAGGAGUUCCCACCUUUGUCCUAUUCAGACCGAGCACUCUCAGAACUGGUUUGGGCUCCGGAUGGGGGCUGUAGGUGCAGGCAGGAGGGAAGCGACUCCCCACAGUGAAGCUGGUCUAUUUGGGUUCCUUUGGGGUGUCUAUUCUAAUAUUUAGAAAAUUCCCCCAGAUGUCCUCAAAGGGAUCAGCACCCUUCCGAAGAAAGAAAGGAGGGGUCUCCUUCCCCCCUGCCAGAACUACCCCUAAGAUUGGGAGAAAUCCAUCCCAACCUGAGUCCACUCCUCCCGGUACCAGAGUCCGAGCGGGUCGGUAUGAGACAGAAUGGUGAGAGCGACUUGCCGGAAGCGAGGCCUCCUGGGUUUGAUCUGGGGCCACCGGUGGGGUAGAAAACAGAACUCCUGCACCUCUUUCAGGGGAGAAGUUCCACCUCCUGAACAGCGGCAGGCAGCAUCCCAGCACUCCCUGGAGGAGACAGCUAGAGGGUGGGAAAGGGCCCAGUUGGAGAAGGACAGAGUUCAGACCUAUGGUUCUCACUGGUUUAUCUUCUCCGUGAAUUGUGACCUCCCCAGCAUCCAACCCCGGUUUGUUCUACAUUGCAGAGUUUAGCACAGUGGUCAGUGCACAGCAAGCACUCAGUAGAUACCAUUGACUGAUUGAUUGAUUGUGCGAUCAUCUUGAUUAUUUGUCUUUAUAUCAGAUUUUUAUUUUGGAAUAAAAAAAACCUCUCGAAGA